GGGUUUCCAUCCGGAAUUUCGAAUCAGAUUGACAGAUUUGCAGGCCCGUAUAAUAUUGAUGAAGUUGAUUGGGACUAGUAUAUUCCUCCACACACACAUGAUAAAUAUCCCUUCACUUUCACUUGCAAACGCCUACCUUUGUUCAGGAACCAAAGUGUGAGGUUUCAAGUAUGGUGCCAAGCAUGGAGGAGCCCCUUGUUGGUGGCACCACAGAGAAAACAGGAGGGCUGCUAAAACAGAGCCUCGCAGUGACCGAGGUGAAGAAGCAGCUCUACCUUGCCGGGCCUCUCAUCGCCGGAUGCCUCCUGCAGAACGUCGUCCAGAUGAUAUCUGUCAUGUUCGUCGGUCAUCUCGGCGAGCUUGCUCUCUCCAGUGCCUCCAUUGCCACCUCCUUUGCCGGCGUCACCGGCUUCAGCUUGCUGUCCGGCAUGGCGAGCAGCUUGGACACGCUCUGUGGGCAAGCCUUCGGCGCAAAGCAGUACAAUCUUCUGGGCAUCUACAAGCAGAGAGCAAUACUGGUGCUCACUCUUGUGAGCUUUGUGGUUGCAAUAAUCUGGGUUUACACGGGCCAGAUACUUCUGCUCUUCGGGCAGGACCCGGAGAUCGCCAUGGGUGCCGGGAGCUAUAUCCGGUGGAUGAUCCCGGCGCUGUUCGUCUACGGGCUGCUGCAGUGCCAUGUCCGGUUCCUGCAGACGCAGAACAUCGUCCUCCCGGUGAUGAUGAGCUCGGGCGUCACGGCGAUGAGCCAUGUGCUCGUGUGCUGGCUGCUGGUGUACAAGCUUGGGAUGGGCAGCAAGGGUGCUGCCUUGGCCAAUGGCAUCUCCUAUCUGGUCAAUGUCUCCAUCUUGGCUGCCUACAUCAGGCUCUCUCCCUCUUGCAGGAGCACUUGGACAGGGGUCUCCAAGGAGGCGUUUCGUGACGUCCUUGGCUUCUUUAGGCUUGCCGUUCCAUCUGCUCUCAUGGUUUGCUUGGAGUGGUGGUCGUUUGAGAUGCUCGUACUUCUCUCCGGACUCCUCCCGAAUCCUAAGCUCGAGGCAUCGGUAUUGUCCAUCUGCCUAAACACUGGUUCGUUAGUAUUCAUGAUCCCGUUCGGGCUUGGGGCCGCCAUAAGCACCCGUGUUUCGAACGAGCUUGGUGCUGGGCGACCGGAAGCUGCCCGUCUGGCGACUCGUGUGAUCAUGGUCCUCAGUCUCCUCACGGGCGUAUCAAUAGGAUUCGUUCUGAUCUUGGUGCGCAAAUUGUGGGGGUAUGCUUACAGCAACGAGGAGGAAGUGGUGGAAUACAUUGCGAGAAUGAUGCCGGUUCUCGCCGUGUCAAUCGUUUUUGAUGAUCUGCAAUGUGUUCUUUCAGGUGUUGUUAGGGGCUGUGGCUUGCAAAAGAUUGGUGCAUAUGUCAAUCUCAGCGCAUACUACCUUGUCGGCGUUCCAGCGGCGUUAUGCUUUGCCUUUGUUUACCAUCUUGGCGGAAGGGGACUGUGGUUCGGAAUAAUGUGCGGAAUCAUCGUGCAAAUGCUGUUGCUGCUGUCCAUUACCCUGUGCACCAACUGGGAGAAAGAGGCUUUGAAGGCAAAAGACAGAGUUUUCAGUUCGUCCCUACCUCUAGAUAUGACGACAUGAACAUGCAAGAAACUAUCGUUUCUUGGCCAAUGACGCGGUGCAAAAGACCAAAGUCCAAAGGAAUAAUAUUUUGUUUUUGAACAGCAGUCCAAAGGAAGAAUUUGUCGCGAAGAAAAGUGUUUUUCCUCGAUCGUACCAGCACGGCACUUCAGUCGAGGAACGUCAGCCAAUGAAAGAUCUGGUUCUGUGAUUAUCUUUUGUCGGGGACACAUGGGUACACAAGGAGUGGUGAUUCGUGCUGAGUAGCCUUUUGUCUUGACGAUAAGGGAAUAAAAUCUUCUGUUUAAUAGUAAGAAAAUCUGCAGUAUACACUGAUCCAACAUUUCUGAGUGAGCAAACAAUUGAUAGAAAACAAGAAUGGUUCUGCUCCACUUGCUUCUUACUUCUGUAACUAAUGAACAACAUCGAACAAUAGUACAGAUUCCUUUCCCUGUAAAUACUGUCGGAGCCUCUCCAACAGUUUUCGGUCAAAAGAAAGUGCAAAUUUAGGAUGGAAUGCAGAACUGAGAAUACAC